AUGUCUACCUUCAUUCUGUGGUGUGGAGCUCUCCCUGGAUUUCUGAACACUCACAUCAAGAGAGUUCCAGGACAAUGCCAAGUGCAACCGAAUUCCAGAGUGAACUGUGGAUACCCCUACAUCAGUGCUAAGGAAUGCUACAAUAAAGGAUGCUGUUUUGAUUCAAGUAUUGCUGGAGUCAUCUGGUGUUUCUUUCCAAAAGAUAAUACAGCAAAAUGCCGAUGUGAUGUUGAUCCCGACAAACGAUCCAACUGUGGACCUCCUGGGAUCACUCCUCAGGAAUGCGAAAAUAAAGGAUGUUGCUUCAAUUCAACAGUGCCAGGAGUCCCUUGGUGCUUUAAACCAACCCCCCCCAAAUGUCAUUGA